UGUUGCUUGUUAGCGCCGCCGUUGGGUAGAUGCUCUGGGAAGAAAGCUUGUGGCUCGUUUUUACUGUUUUGUGGUGCCUGUUUAAGUGCUCUUGUGCUUUCUGCCAUGGAAAAGUUCAAGCUCAAAUGCAAAGGGAUUUUCUCCGUAAGAGAGACUUGUUUUAUGCUGAGUUUAACUUCAGGAUAUUUAUGGUUAAACUAGUUGGAGCUCUUUUGUAUUUUUGCAUUUCUUAGAGAAGGGGAAAAGGGUUUCGUUGUGGACCUUAGUGCGUAAUUUUGACCCCUUAGAGCCUACAUCCUUUAUUUCUUCUGUCUUGCUAUCACAGUGCACUUUGUUUUGGUUGAUUUCUACACACAUCAUGAGCAUAGGUUGUCUUGGAAGCUGCACAAAACCUCCAGUUAUUGGUUCAAUGGAUGAGGCAUCUAAAGGACUAAGAAAUCAAGGUCAAACAGUGACUAAAGAUGAUGGAUCAUCAGAUUUCUGGAGCAGCAACACUAUCGAAAUGGAUCAUAAUGCAGCUCAGUCGCUGAGAAGCGUCUCAUCAACUGCAACAUCAAAUUAUCCUUCUGAUCCCCAAAGUAGUGCAUGCAGUCAAACUGCUCCUCCUGAAUUUGUCAACCAUGGGCUUCUUCACUGGUACCAGAUGAGGCAACAAUGGGUUGGAAAUAAAACCUCUGAGAGUCAGACAGAAGUUCGAGAACCAAAAAUAAGUUUGAAUGCCACCUACGACAAUCUACUUGGAAACAACAAGCCCUUUCCCCAACCCAUCCCUUUGAGAGAAAUGGUAUACUUUCUUGUUGAUAUUUGGGAGCAAGAGGGUCUAUAUGACUGAUCAAACAAAAUAGGCGCUAUUUUUUAAUGGAUUUUGCACAGGAAGUGAGGUGGAAUUUGUUCAUUGUCUUACUGGAUAGUUUAGAAUAGUGCAACUCUUGCAAGUUGUUUUUUAUUAACUCUUCUGUAGUUCUUUGCUAAUACUAAAUGAAUUAAACUAGAUUAAUUGUAUAGUUCUUCCUUCCUUUUAUUUUUUACUUGGGUGAUUUAGAGAA